UAGAUGUUGGAGAGGGAGGUAAUAAUGAAAAGCUUUCCCGCCAAAGAAUAUAGCGCGGGUGUGGGUCUGUAGAAAACGAAGAGUUGUGUUGUGUAUUAUAUGAAGUGGUAAUAGUAGAGACUCAGAGAAGAGAAAGAGAAAGAGAAAGAGAAAUGGGAAUUCACGGUCUAUUACCGCUACUCAAAUCGAUAAUGGUCCCAAUUCACAUCAAAGACCUUCACGACUGUUCUGUUGCUAUCGACACCUAUUCUUGGCUCCACAAAGGCGCCCUUUCUUGCAGCACCGACCUUUGUAAAGGAAUCCCCACUUCUAGGCACAUUGAUUAUUGUAUGCAUAGAGUGAAUUUGCUGCGACAUUAUGGUGUUAAACCUAUUCUCGUAUUUGAUGGAGGUCUUCUACCAAUGAAGGGUGAUCAAGAGAACAAGCGUGCUAGGGCUAGAAAGGAUAAUCUUGAACGUGCAGUUGAACAUGAAUCAAAUGGAAAUUCUUCUGCUGCCUAUGAGUGCUACCAGAAAGCUCUUGAUAUUUCGCCUCUUAUUGCGCGAGAACUAAUUCAGGUAUUGAAGCAGGAGAAUGUGCAGUAUGUUGUUGCUCCUUACGAGGCAGAUGCCCAGAUGACAUUCUUGGCAAUUAGCAGACAGGUUGAUGCAGUUAUAACCGAAGACUCCGAUCUUAUACCAUUUGGUUGCCCAAGAAUUAUCUUUAAAAUGGACAAGUUUGGUCAAGGUGUUCAGUUUGAGUAUUCCAUGCUACAAAAGAAUAAGGAGCUAAAUUUUGAAGGGUUCAACAGACAAAUGCUUCUUGAAAUGUGUAUACUGAGUGGCUGUGACUAUCUUCAGUCCUUGCCAGGUAUGGGUCUCAAAAAGGCUCAUGCAAGCAUUAAAAGAUUUAAAAGUUAUGACAAGGUUCUCAAGCACUUGAGAUACAGUGGUGUUUCGGUACCUCCCUUUUAUGAAGAGUCAUUCAGGAAGGCUAUACUUACUUUUCAAUAUCAACGGGUUUACGAUCCAGUUAGUGAUAAUAUAGUCCAUUUGUCUAAUAUACCCGAUGAUAUUGGUGAUGAAUUAGACUUUUUAGGCCCACCCUUGCCAAAAAAUAUAGCACAAGGAAUAGCAGAAGGAGAUCUUGAUCCAAUUACUAAAUUACCAUUCGAGGGAGAUAAAUUUGUUGCCAGAUUGGAAAUUGCAGCAACUUGUCAAUUCAAAACACUUAAUUCUGAAAGGGCGAAGAAAAGGAUUGAUCUGCCUGUGCAGAAGAAUCUCUUGACCAAGUAUUUUUGUAUUGCAUCUCUUGAAGCAAAAAGGGAAUUCAGAGCGCCUCGGAUGUCACCUAAUACUGCUAAUCAAAGUACUCUGAUUUCCUCUUCUGUCAAUUCUCCAGAACAUCAGACUUUAGAAGCUUCUGUUAGUGAAAUAAUGAACUCUGGUGCAUCCAUAGCAGACUCCAAGAACUGUGGCAGAGGCCCUCCUCCUAAUAGCUAUAUUGAAAACAGUUUUGACGCCAAAACUUCAGAGCUCAUAGAAUCACCAUAUCAUGUAUCUAUGGCAGGAGAAAAGAAGAGAAGUCCUGAUCAUACAAUAUUGAGACAGCCCAGGCUGCCAAUUCAUAAACCUUGUCUGGGGUCGCAUAAGGAGCAUGAGCUCACAAAUGUCCAAAACAAAGUCGAAGGAAAAACGAAGGAGGCAAAAAGAAAGGUAAUUGUAAGGAGUCCUUAUUUUCAGCAGAAGCUAGUAGAAAACAAUGCUUGUGAUGAGAAACAAGAGCAGCUGCCCUCUGGCAUCGCCAUUGGUGAGAGAAAAAAUGCCAUAUCUGGCCGUGAUUUAUGUAACAAUCAUUUGAAGAAUAAAGACUUGAAAAGGAAAGUCUCCCCUAAUGACAGUAUUCAAAGUGAAAAUGUACUGGCCAGGCAAAUGCAUCCUACUUCAUCUACUCAUGAUAACGGUUGCUCUGAUCACAAUGAUGAUGGACCAUUCAAAGAGAAUAGUGCUGCAGAAGAAAAUUUUGGGACAAACAUUUCCCAUUUAAGACAUUAUUCAGAAGUAGCUGAGAAGUCUUUGGAAAGAUUUGCCUCUGUAAUAUCGUCUUUUAAAUAUACUUCUGGCUCUCGUGUCAGCGGUCUUCGUGCUCCUCUGAAUGAUGUUCGCAACACCCGUAAUAAUAGGCCAACAGCUGUGGACUUGAGCCAAUAUGCUUAUGUGCCAAAACCAACAAAGACUAGAAGAACAGCUCCUGGUAUUCACAACACUCGGAAUAAUAGGCCAACAGCUGCAGACUUGAGCCAAUAUGCAUAUGUGCCAAAACAAAGACUAGAAGAAUAGCUAUCGGAAAUUAAUUCAAAUUGUUUAACAAGAACUUUCCAGACUUGAUUGAGGUUUAUGCCAUCCUUCGGAAACCAUUCUUUCCUAGCCAGGACCUUUAUUGAGUUAAUUCUUAUUUGGCAGCUGUAAAUUGUAUUUUUGAUGCAAACACUAAUUUACUUGGGAUUUGGGAAUUAGUUGUCUUGAUGUAUUCUUCAUAUAAUACCACACCCAGGGCAAACUUGGGUUGAGUUGCGUUAUUAAACAGUAGAAGCUUUGGUUAGGCGGUCAUCUUCGGUACUAGUUGUAUAUCACGAAUAAUUGUUUGUCGUAUGCUUCGUAUAUUUCAUUUAUUGAUACUAAUUGGAAAAUAGAAAUAUUAAUUUUCUGUCA